AUGGCUGGACAGUUCCUGGGAGUCACGCCGCCCAUCUCGGUCGCGCCGCCGACCGCCCGCGACCUCGAGGUCAGCAAGACGCUCAUCCAGGAGCUUAAGGACAGGGGAAUUUACGAGUCGGCGGAAGAGGGACGUAAUCGCGAGAUGGUUCUCGGCCGCUUGAACAAGCUCGUGAAGGAGUUCGUCUAUCGCUCAUCCAUCAACCACGGGCUUUCGGAUGCGAAGGCGCGCGAGGCCGGCGGCAAGAUCUUCACGUUCGGGUCCUAUCGACUGGGAGUGCAUGGCCCAGGAUCCGAUAUUGAUACCCUGCUCGUCGUCCCCCGGCACGUUGAGCGCGAGGAGUUCUUCUCCCUAUUCGAGCAGAUGCUGAAGGAGACGGAGGGCGUCCUCGAGGUCACGGGCGUCCCCGAAGCCUUCGUGCCAAUCAUCAAGUGCACCUUUAGCGGCAUUGACAUUGACUUGCUCUUCGCCCGCCUCGCCGUCCCGACUGUGCCCGACGACCUCGACCUGAAGGAUGACAACCUGCUGCGGAAUAUUGACGACCGGUGUCUGCGGAGUUUGAACGGAUCGCGGGUGACGGACGAGAUGCUGCGACUUGUGCCGGACGUGCCGGUCUUCCGAGAAGCCUUGAGGACGAUCAAGCUGUGGGCGCAGCAGCGAGCGAUCUACGGGAACGUGAUGGGCUUCUGCGGAGGUGUCGCUUGGGCGAUGUUGGUUGCGCGCAUCUGCCAGCUGUAUCCGAAGGGCUGCGUUGGCAGCAUCAUCUCUCGAUUCUUCAUCAUCAUGCAUCAAUGGCAGUGGCCGGCGCCUGUUCUGCUCAAGCCAAUCGAGGAGGGUCCGCUGCAAGUCCGCGUCUGGAACCCAAAGCUGUACCCCUCCGACCGCUCUCACCGCAUGCCCAUCAUCACGCCUGCCUACCCUUCGAUGUGCUCGACCCACAACGUCACGCUCAGCACGCAGCAGAUUAUGACGGCCGAGUUCAAGCGCGCCGCCGACAUCGUCGACAAGGUGUUCGUGGGUUCGGCAAAGUGGAGCGAGCUCUUCCAGCCUCACGACUUCUUCAGCAAGUACCGGUACUACCUGCAAAUCACCGCCAGUUCGGGCAGUGCCGACGUCCAGCUCAAGUGGUCCGGCACGGUCGAAUCUCGCAUCCGACAACUCGUCAUGAAGCUCGAGUACGUCGACACGCUCCUUCUCGCGCAUCCGUUCGUCAAGAGCUUCGACCGCGUCAACUACUGCAUCAACGAGGAGGAGCAGCGGGCGGUCUCGAUCGGUGAAGUGCCUGCGGCCGUCGACAAGCGGACAGAGCAGGACUUGAUUGCAGGACAGGGCGGGACGGUGUACACGACGACGUUCUACAUCGGCUUGCAGAUUGAGCGGAAACCAGCGGGCGACAAGGGACCGCGGAAACUCGACAUCUCGUACCCGACGAACGAGUUCACCAAGCUCGUCAAGAUGUGGGACAGCUACGACCCGGACUCGAUGGGCGUCAUCGUGCGCUACAUCAAGAGCACCGCUCUUCCCGCAUACGUGCAUGCCGGACGAGAACCCGAACCGCCGAAGACGGGCGGUGUGAAGAGGGCAAAGACGAAGAAGGCGAACGGUACCAACGCAGCGACCGCCGCCUCGCCUGCUCUUGCCAGCGCCGCGACCGACGACAGCGACGCAGAACACCUCAACAAGAAGCACCGCGCAUCGUCUUUCGUACCGGAGAACGCUACGCCCACCCCUGCAGGUCUGCCACCCGUCCCGGUCGACAAUGGCCCGAUCCCGACACCCUUGGAGAAGACGCGCGAGGCGGCCGAGGUCGCUGUCGGUGCGACUCCCAUCGGCGAGACUCCAGGUGCUACUGCUAUAAACCCGCCCCCGACCGCAGCCUCUGCUGCGCCCUCACAACCCUCGGUCACGCUUCCCGGCCUCAACUCGACUCUGCCUGUGGGUGAGCUGAACGGUUUGGCUUCGGCGGUAACGAACGGCGGACCGCAGAACGAGGCGGCGUUGAUGGCGGGCGAGACGCCUGCCCCUGUCGCCGCCUCGACGGCUCCCGCAUGA